AUGGAAGCCUUGGUCUGUGCAUUCUCUGAGCUGCGCAUAAGAGAAGACACUGUGGCCAGCGGCCACCACCCUCCUGCUCUCCCCUCCACAGACGCAGUGAGCUGGGCCCGAGGACACACCAGUCACCCCGACACGCCACCCAACAUCUACGAGGGGGGGCUGGGGGCCCAGCAGCAGCAGUGCCCCAGUGCCCAGGGAAGCAAGCCUAAGAACUUCCGGCUGCGCCACCUCCGAGGCCUGGCUCUCUACCUGCCGGGCCACAUGCAGCCUGCUGGCCAGUGUGAGAGCCAUUGGCUGGGCCGGCUCACGGCUGGGGGCUGCCUCCCACAGCCUGAGGGCAUGGUAUGGCCCUUGGACUUACCACAGAGGGCUUUGGGUCCAGGUAACAGCCACUGCUCAGCCCUUCUGGAAGCUCAACUGCCCAGGGAGAGCCUGGGAAAUACAGCUUCCAGUUCCAGCAUGGACCCAGCCAAGGGUGCCCCCUCCCAGCCCAGUCCCCCUGAAGGCUUGGGGCUCAGGACUAAGAGAUCCUGGGGGGCCUCAGAGAAGUCCACAUGUCCCUUGUGUAAGAGAACUCGCUCUGGGGCUCUGGAGAGGCCAUAA